UCCGUCUCAAAAAAAAAAAAAGUAGACAAAUAAAAAAAGAGUAAAUCAUGUGGACAUGUCAUCGAAGGAAUAUGUAAGGGACAGACGGGAAGAGCAGACUAUGGUUAUUUUAGAAUAUAUAAUAGAAAAUGUUUGUUUCAUUUUCAUAUGCCCGCUACAUUUCUCCUAUAACAUUUAUGAGGUUUAAUUUUUUUAAUCUUAAAAGCCAAGAAACAAUGGGUAGGUAGAAAAAUUGAUUGAUAUUCCAUUAACAAAGGCUUAAAAGAGUUUACGAUUUUGAAAGAAAGAGACUGUGAGAAAUAUUAAAUCAAAAUUCCAGAUAUAGAUGGAAAAGGUUGCUUUGAAGAAAGGGAAGCGCGUCCUUGUCAGUCUGUUGAAUUUUGUGGUUAAAUCCAUCAUGUUUAAUAAAACUGAACCAGGUGCAUUGUGGGACAUCCUAAUCUGGACCUGUUCACUACCAGUGAGAAUUUGGCGUUUUGGAUGGGAUGACAGAACAGAGUACUUCUUGGAAGCCAUGUAUCAACCAGGACAUGAAACAUCUUCCAGAAUUUCAAAUAACUCUAGCUCUUAUUUUUCAGUAGAAAAUAUUAUGCUCACAUUUUGAAGAGAGGAUGUUAAUCCCUAAAUUAGACAUAUCAUGAAACAAGAGUUUGGGUUGGAAAAAUAUGUAAAACAACAGCAAAAUAGGAAUAUUUCCUCUCUUUGCAAAUACUGAUAACUAACUUACCAUUUGGGGUUUGAGAAAAUUUAGUUUUUCAUGCUAAAUCUGCAUUUGCUGUAUUCAUUUUAUCAUCUCAUUCUUAAUUCAAUUGUACAAUACUGUAUGGACUUCCCCCUUGGGAAGGGUGCAUGAAAUGGUCGCCUGAAACAGACAUCUGAAGGUCUCUUGUGAGAACAAAUGCAUAUAAAAACCAGUGCAAAUAGAAAGAUGAUGUAGAAUUAGUUAAAAGCAGGUGGUAUGCCUAAAAUAAUUUAAUUAGGCCCCCAGUUCUUUUAACUUCGAGGCCAGAAGGCCAAUAGUUAUUUUCACACGUGGAAUGGAUGAUCUGGAAAGGUUAGAAUUGGAUUAAGGGGAGGGCAUAUGCAUGCAAUUACGGUAAUUUAAGUCACUUAAACGGAAAAACAUGCUGAAUUUUAUCUCGCUUUCACCUUUCAAUCAUGCUUUGCUUUGGGUUUCAUACGGAAAAGGCAUUAACUUCUUAGAACCAGAUGGAUGCUUUCUUGUUGUGGGAGCCUAUUUCUGCUGGUUGGUGCUAAACAGUGAUGCAUUAGGACUGUCCUAAGCCUGAUCUGUUCCCUGAGGAGACUUUCCAUGAAGACACCAUCCCAAACUGCUCAAGGUGGUGGUCAUCGAACACUCCUCUACGGACAUGCCAUAUUGCUGCGCCAUUCCUAUAGUGGCAUGUAUCUGUGCUGCCUGUCCACCUCCCGGUCUUCAACUGAUAAGCUGGCUUUUGAUGUUGGCUUGCAAGAGGACACCACAGGUGAGGCUUGUUGGUGGACCAUACACCCUGCCUCUAAGCAGCGAUCAGAAGGAGAAAAAGUACGAGUUGGAGAUGACCUCAUCUUAGUUAGCGUGUCCUCUGAAAGGUACUUGCACUUGUCUUACGGCAAUGGAAGCUUACACGUGGAUGCCGCUUUCCAGCAGACUCUCUGGAGCGUGGCCCCAAUCAGCUCGGGAAGUGAGGCAGCCCAAGGGUAUCUCAUUGGUGGUGAUGUCCUCAGGUUGCUGCAUGGACACAUGGACGAGUGUCUCACUGUCCCCUCAGGAGAACAUGGUGAAGAGCAGCGAAGAACUGUUCAUUAUGAAGGUGGCGCUGUGUCUGUUCAUGCACGUUCCCUUUGGAGACUAGAGACGCUAAGAGUUGCGUGGAGUGGAAGCCACAUAAGAUGGGGACAGCCAUUCCGACUACGCCAUGUCACAACAGGAAAAUACUUGAGUCUCAUGGAAGACAAAAACCUUCUGCUCAUGGACAAAGAGAAAGCUGAUGUAAAAUCAACAGCAUUUACCUUCCGGUCUUCCAAGGAAAAAUUGGAUGUAGGGGUGAGAAAAGAAGUCGAUGGCAUGGGAACAUCUGAAAUAAAAUACGGUGACUCAGUAUGCUAUAUACAACAUGUAGACACAGGCCUAUGGCUUACUUACCAGUCUGUGGACGUGAAAUCUGUGAGAAUGGGAUCUAUACAACGUAAGGCUAUUAUGCAUCAUGAAGGCCACAUGGAUGAUGGCAUAAGUUUAUCGAGAUCCCAGCAUGAAGAAUCACGCACAGCACGAGUUAUCCGGAGCACAGUCUUCCUUUUUAAUAGAUUUAUAAGGGGCCUUGAUGCUCUCAGCAAGAAAGCGAAGGCUGCCACAGUCGAUUUGCCUAUAGAGUCCGUAAGUCUAAGUUUGCAGGACCUCAUUGGCUACUUCCACCCCCCAGAUGAGCAUUUAGAGCACGAAGACAAACAGAACAGACUACGAGCCCUGAAGAAUCGGCAAAAUCUCUUCCAGGAAGAGGGAAUGAUCAACCUCGUGCUCGAGUGCAUAGACCGUUUGCACGUCUACAGCAGCGCAGCACACUUUGCUGAUGUUGCUGGGCGAGAAGCAGGAGAGUCUUGGAAAUCCAUUCUGAAUUCUCUGUAUGAGUUGCUGGCGGCUCUAAUUAGAGGAAAUCGUAAAAACUGUGCUCAAUUUUCUGGCUCCCUCGACUGGUUGAUCAGCAGAUUGGAAAGACUGGAAGCUUCUUCGGGCAUUCUGGAAGUUUUACACUGUGUUUUAGUAGAAAGUCCAGAAGCUCUAAAUAUUAUUAAAGAAGGACAUAUUAAAUCCAUUAUCUCACUUUUAGACAAACAUGGAAGAAAUCACAAGGUUCUGGAUGUCUUGUGCUCACUCUGUGUUUGCCAUGGGGUUGCAGUCCGUUCUAACCAGCAUCUCAUCUGUGACAACCUCUUACCAGGAAGAGAUUUGCUAUUGCAGACACGUCUUGUGAACCAUGUCAGCAGCAUGAGACCCAAUAUUUUUCUGGGCGUCAGUGAAGGUUCUGCUCAGUAUAAGAAAUGGUACUAUGAAUUGAUGGUGGACCACACAGAGCCCUUUGUGACAGCUGAAGCAACUCACCUGCGAGUGGGCUGGGCUUCCACUGAAGGGUAUUCUCCCUACCCUGGAGGGGGUGAAGAGUGGGGUGGAAAUGGUGUUGGAGAUGAUCUCUUCUCCUAUGGAUUUGAUGGCCUUCAUCUCUGGUCAGGUUGUAUUGCUCGUACUGUAAGCUCACCAAACCAACAUCUGUUAAGAACCGAUGAUGUCAUCAGUUGCUGUUUAGAUCUGAGUGCCCCAAGCAUCUCGUUCCGAAUUAAUGGACAACCUGUUCAAGGAAUGUUCGAGAAUUUCAACAUCGACGGCCUCUUCUUUCCAGUCGUUAGUUUCUCUGCAGGAAUAAAAGUACGCUUUCUGCUUGGGGGGCGACAUGGAGAAUUCAAAUUUCUUCCUCCACCUGGAUAUGCUCCUUGUUACGAAGCUGUUCUGCCAAAAGAAAAGUUGAAAGUGGAACACAGCCGAGAGUACAAGCAAGAAAGAACUUACACACGCGACCUGCUGGGUCCUACAGUUUCCCUGACACAAGCUGCCUUCACACCCAUCCCUGUGGAUACCAGCCAGAUCGUGUUGCCUCCUCAUCUAGAAAGAAUAAGAGAAAAACUGGCAGAGAAUAUCCAUGAACUCUGGGUUAUGAAUAAAAUUGAGCUUGGCUGGCAGUAUGGUCCGGUUAGAGAUGACAACAAGAGACAACACCCAUGCCUGGUGGAGUUCUCCAAGCUGCCUGAACAGGAGCGCAAUUACAACUUACAAAUGUCGCUUGAGACCCUGAAGACUUUGUUGGCAUUAGGAUGUCAUGUGGGUAUAUCAGAUGAACAUGCUGAAGACAAGGUGAAAAAAAUGAAGCUACCCAAGAAUUACCAGCUGACAAGUGGAUAUAAGCCUGCCCCUAUGGACCUGAGCUUUAUCAAACUCACCCCGUCUCAAGAAGCAAUGGUGGACAAGUUGGCAGAAAAUGCACACAAUGUGUGGGCACGGGAUCGAAUCCGGCAGGGCUGGACUUACGGCAUCCAACAGGAUGUAAAGAACAGAAGAAAUCCUCGCCUUGUUCCCUACACUCUUCUGGAUGACCGAACCAAGAAAUCCAACAAGGACAGCCUCCGCGAGGCUGUGCGCACGCUGCUGGGGUACGGCUACAACUUGGAAGCACCGGAUCAAGAUCAUGCAGCCAGAGCCGAAGUGUGCAGUGGCACUGGGGAAAGGUUCCGAAUCUUCCGUGCCGAGAAGACCUAUGCAGUGAAGGCCGGACGGUGGUAUUUUGAAUUUGAGACGGUCACUGCUGGAGACAUGAGGGUUGGUUGGAGUCGGCCUGGUUGCCAACCGGAUCAGGAGCUUGGCUCGGAUGAACGUGCCUUUGCCUUUGAUGGCUUCAAGGCCCAGCGGUGGCAUCAGGGCAAUGAACACUAUGGGCGCUCUUGGCAAGCAGGCGAUGUCGUGGGGUGUAUGGUUGACAUGAACGAACACACCAUGAUGUUCACACUGAAUGGUGAAAUCCUUCUGGAUGAUUCAGGUUCAGAACUGGCUUUCAAGGACUUUGAUGUUGGCGAUGGAUUCAUACCUGUGUGUAGCCUUGGAGUGGCUCAAGUGGGUAGGAUGAACUUUGGAAAGGAUGUCAGCACCUUGAAAUAUUUCACCAUCUGUGGCUUACAAGAAGGCUAUGAACCAUUUGCCGUUAAUACAAACAGGGAUAUUACCAUGUGGCUGAGCAAGAGGCUUCCUCAGUUUCUCCAAGUUCCAUCAAACCAUGAACAUAUAGAGGUGACCAGAAUAGACGGCACCAUAGACAGUUCCCCAUGUUUAAAGGUCACUCAGAAGUCUUUUGGUUCUCAGAACAGCAACACUGAUAUCAUGUUUUAUCGCCUGAGCAUGCCGAUCGAGUGCGCGGAGGUCUUCUCCAAGACGGUGGCUGGAGGGCUCUCUGGGGCUGGCCUUUUUGGGCCCAAGAAUGAUUUGGAAGAUUAUGAUGCUGAUUCUGACUUUGAGGUUCUGAUGAAGACAGCUCAUGGCCAUCUAGUGCCCGAUCGUGUUGACAAAGACAAAGAAGCUACUAAACCAGAGUUUAAUAACCACAAAGAUUACGCCCAGGAAAAGCCCUCUCGUCUGAAACAAAGAUUUUUGCUUAGAAGAACAAAGCCAGAUUACAGCACAAGCCAUUCGGCAAGACUCACCGAAGAUGUCCUGGCUGAUGAUCGGGAUGACUAUGAUUUCUUGAUGCAAACAUCCACGUACUAUUACUCAGUGAGAAUCUUUCCUGGACAAGAACCUGCUAACGUCUGGGUGGGCUGGAUUACAUCAGAUUUCCAUCAGUAUGACACAGGCUUUGACUUGGACAGAGUUCGCACAGUAACAGUUACUCUAGGAGAUGAAAAAGGAAAAGUGCAUGAAAGCUUUGCCAUUGACUCGCUGUGUGGCUUUGGCAUCAAACGCAGCAACUGCUAUAUGGUAUGUGCGGGUGAGAGCAUGAGCCCCGGGCAAGGACGCAACAAUAAUGGACUGGAGAUUGGCUGUGUGGUGGAUGCUGCCAGCGGGCUGCUCACGUUCAUUGCCAAUGGCAAGGAACUGAGCACAUACUAUCAGGUGGAGCCGAGUACAAAAUUAUUUCCUGCGGUUUUUGCACAAGCUACAAGUCCCAAUGUUUUCCAGUUUGAGUUGGGAAGAAUAAAGAAUGUGAUGCCUCUCUCGGCGGGAUUGUUCAAGAGUGAACACAAGAACCCCGUGCCGCAGUGCCCCCCACGCCUCCACGUGCAGUUCCUGUCACACGUCCUGUGGAGCAGAAUGCCCAACCAGUUUUUGAAGGUAGAUGUGUCUCGAAUAAGUGAACGCCAAGGCUGGUUGGUGCAGUGUUUGGAUCCUCUGCAAUUCAUGUCUCUUCAUAUCCCUGAGGAAAACAGAUCUGUUGACAUCUUAGAGUUGACAGAGCAGGAGGAAUUGCUGAAAUUUCACUAUCACACUCUCCGGCUCUACUCAGCCGUCUGUGCUCUUGGGAACCACCGGGUGGCCCACGCCCUGUGCAGCCACGUGGAUGAACCUCAGCUCCUCUACGCCAUUGAGAACAAGUACAUGCCAGGUUUGCUGCGUGCUGGCUACUAUGACCUGCUGAUCGACAUCCACCUGAGCUCCUAUGCCACUGCCAGGCUCAUGAUGAACAACGAGUACAUUGUCCCCAUGACGGAGGAGACGAAGAGCAUCACCCUAUUCCCUGAUGAGAACAAAAAGCACGGCCUUCCAGGGAUCGGCCUCAGCACUUCCCUCAGGCCACGGAUGCAGUUUUCCUCCCCCAGUUUUGUAAGCAUUAGUAAUGAAUGUUACCAGUACAGUCCAGAGUUCCCACUGGACAUCCUCAAGGCCAAAACCAUACAGAUGCUGACAGAAGCUGUUAAAGAGGGCAGUCUUCAUGCCCGGGACCCAGUUGGAGGGACUACUGAGUUCCUCUUUGUACCUCUCAUCAAGCUUUUCUAUACCCUGCUGAUCAUGGGCAUCUUUCACAAUGAGGACUUGAAGCACAUCUUGCAGUUGAUUGAGCCCAGUGUGUUUAAAGAAGCUGCCACUCCAGAGGAGGAGAGUGACACGCUGGAGAAAGAGUUCAGUGUGGACGAUGCAAAGCUGCAAGGAGCUGGUGAGGAAGAAGCCAAGGGGGGCAAGCGGCCCAAGGAAGGCCUGCUCCAAAUGAAACUGCCAGAGCCAGUUAAAUUGCAGAUGUGCCUACUGCUUCAAUACCUCUGUGACUGCCAGGUCCGGCAUCGGAUAGAAGCCAUUGUAGCCUUUUCAGAUGAUUUUGUAGCUAAGCUCCAAGACAAUCAACGUUUCCGAUACAAUGAAGUUAUGCAAGCCUUAAAUAUGUCAGCUGCACUCACAGCCAGGAAAACAAAGGAAUUUAGAUCACCGCCUCAAGAACAGAUCAAUAUGCUUCUCAAUUUUAAGGAUGACAAAAGUGAAUGUCCAUGUCCAGAAGAAAUUCGUGACCAACUAUUGGAUUUCCAUGAAGAUUUGAUGACACAUUGUGGAAUUGAGCUGGAUGAAGAUGGGUCUCUGGAUGGAAACAGUGAUUUAACAAUUAGAGGGCGUCUGCUAUCCCUGGUAGAAAAGGUGACAUACCUGAAGAAGAAACAAGCAGAAAAACCAGUUGAGAGUGACUCCAAAAAGUCCUCCACUCUGCAGCAGCUGAUCUCUGAGACAAUGGUCCGAUGGGCUCAGGAGUCUGUCAUCGAAGACCCCGAGCUGGUGAGGGCCAUGUUUGUGUUGCUCCAUCGGCAGUAUGACGGCAUCGGGGGUCUUGUUCGGGCCCUGCCAAAGACCUACACGAUAAAUGGUGUGUCCGUGGAGGACACCAUCAACCUCCUGGCAUCCCUUGGUCAGAUUCGAUCCCUGCUGAGUGUGAGAAUGGGCAAAGAAGAAGAGAAGCUUAUGAUUCGUGGAUUAGGGGAUAUUAUGAAUAACAAAGUGUUUUACCAGCACCCUAAUCUCAUGAGGGCACUGGGGAUGCAUGAGACUGUGAUGGAGGUCAUGGUGAACGUCCUUGGAGGUGGAGAGUCCAAGGAAAUCACCUUUCCCAAGAUGGUGGCCAACUGUUGCCGUUUUCUCUGUUACUUCUGUCGUAUAAGUAGGCAGAAUCAAAAAGCUAUGUUUGAUCAUCUCAGUUAUUUACUGGAAAACAGCAGUGUUGGUCUUGCCUCCCCAGCUAUGAGAGGUUCAACACCACUGGAUGUGGCUGCAGCUUCGGUGAUGGAUAAUAAUGAACUAGCGUUAGCUCUCCGUGAGCCGGAUCUAGAAAAGGUAGUUCGUUAUUUGGCUGGUUGUGGACUGCAAAGUUGCCAGAUGCUGGUGUCUAAGGGCUAUCCAGACAUUGGGUGGAACCCAGUUGAAGGAGAGAGAUAUCUUGACUUUCUCAGAUUUGCUGUCUUCUGUAAUGGGGAGAGUGUGGAGGAAAAUGCAAAUGUCGUGGUGAGAUUGCUCAUUCGGAGGCCUGAGUGUUUUGGUCCCGCUUUGAGAGGAGAAGGUGGGAAUGGGCUUCUUGCAGCAAUGGAAGAAGCCAUCAAAAUCGCCGAGGAUCCUUCCCGAGAUGGUCCCUCACCAAAUAGCGGAUCCACUAAAACACUUGAUACAGAGGAGGAGGAAGAUGACACUAUCCACAUGGGGAACGCGAUCAUGACCUUCUAUGCAGCUUUGAUUGACCUCUUGGGACGCUGUGCUCCUGAGAUGCAUUUGAUUCAUGCUGGGAAGGGAGAAGCCAUCAGAAUUAGGUCCAUUUUGAGAUCCCUAAUUCCCCUGGGAGAUUUGGUGGGCGUUAUCAGCAUCGCUUUUCAGAUGCCAACAAUAGCCAAAGAUGGGAAUGUGGUGGAACCUGACAUGUCUGCGGGGUUUUGCCCAGAUCACAAGGCAGCCAUGGUUUUAUUCCUUGACAGGGUCUAUGGAAUUGAAGUUCAAGACUUCCUCCUCCAUCUUCUUGAGGUUGGCUUUCUGCCAGAUCUCCGGGCGGCUGCUUCUUUAGAUACGGCAGCUUUGAGUGCUACAGACAUGGCCUUGGCCCUCAAUCGGUACCUCUGCACAGCCGUCUUGCCAUUGUUAACAAGAUGUGCUCCUCUCUUUGCUGGCACAGAGCACCAUGCUUCUCUCAUUGACUCAUUACUUCAUACUGUGUAUAGACUUUCUAAGGGCUGUUCACUUACCAAAGCUCAGCGGGAUUCCAUAGAAGUUUGUUUACUCUCUAUUUGUGGACAACUGAGACCUUCUAUGAUGCAGCACUUACUCAGAAGAUUAGUAUUUGAUGUUCCAUUAUUAAAUGAACACGCAAAGAUGCCUCUUAAACUGCUGACAAAUCAUUAUGAAAGAUGCUGGAAAUAUUACUGCCUGCCUGGAGGGUGGGGAAACUUUGGUGCUGCCUCAGAAGAAGAACUUCAUUUAUCAAGAAAGUUGUUCUGGGGCAUUUUUGAUGCCCUAUCUCAAAAGAAAUAUGAACAAGAACUUUUCAAACUGGCACUGCCUUGCCUGAGUGCAGUUGCGGGAGCUUUGCCUCCAGACUACAUGGAGUCAAAUUAUGUCAGUAUGAUGGAAAAACAGUCAUCAAUGGAUUCUGAAGGGAACUUUAACCCACAACCUGUUGAUACCUCAAAUAUUACAAUUCCUGAGAAGUUGGAAUACUUCAUUAACAAAUAUGCAGAACACUCCCAUGACAAAUGGUCAAUGGACAAGUUGGCAAAUGGAUGGAUUUAUGGAGAAAUAUAUUCAGACUCUUCUAAGGUUCAGCCAUUAAUGAAGCCAUAUAAGCUAUUGUCUGAAAAGGAAAAAGAAAUUUAUCGCUGGCCAAUCAAAGAAUCUUUAAAAACUAUGCUGGCUUGGGGCUGGAGAAUUGAAAGAACUCGGGAGGGAGACAGCAUGGCCCUUUACAACCGGACUCGUCGUAUUUCUCAGACAAGCCAGGUUUCUGUAGACGCUGCCCAUGGUUACAGUCCCCGGGCCAUUGACAUGAGCAAUGUUACGCUAUGUAGAGACCUGCAUGCUAUGGCAGAAAUGAUGGCUGAAAACUACCAUAAUAUAUGGGCAAAGAAAAAGAAAAUGGAGUUAGAGUCCAAAGGAGGGGGAAACCAUCCUCUGCUGGUGCCCUAUGAUACACUGACGGCCAAAGAGAAAGCCAAGGAUAGAGAAAAAGCACAGGACAUCCUCAAGUUCUUGCAGAUCAAUGGAUAUGCUGUAUCCAGAGGAUUUAAGGACCUGGAACUGGACACGCCUUCUAUUGAGAAACGGUUUGCCUAUAGUUUCCUCCAACAACUCAUUCGCUAUGUGGAUGAAGCCCAUCAGUAUAUCCUGGAGUUUGAUGGUGGCAGCAGAGGCAAAGGAGAACAUUUCCCUUAUGAACAAGAAAUCAAGUUCUUUGCAAAAGUCGUUCUUCCUUUAAUUGAUCAGUAUUUCAAAAACCAUCGUUUAUACUUCUUAUCUGCAGCAAGCAGACCUCUCUGCUCUGGAGGACAUGCUUCCAACAAAGAGAAAGAAAUGGUGACUAGCCUAUUCUGCAAACUUGGAGUUCUUGUCAGGCAUAGGAUUUCACUAUUUGGCAAUGAUGCAACAUCAAUUGUCAACUGUCUUCAUAUUUUGGGUCAGACUUUGGAUGCAAGGACAGUGAUGAAGACUGGCCUGGAGAGUGUUAAAAGUGCACUCAGAGCUUUUCUGGACAAUGCCGCAGAGGAUCUGGAGAAGACCAUGGAAAACCUCAAGCAGGGCCAGUUCACUCACACCCGAAACCAGCCCAAAGGGGUUACUCAGAUUAUCAAUUACACCACAGUGGCCCUGCUGCCAAUGCUGUCAUCAUUAUUUGAACAUAUUGGCCAGCAUCAGUUCGGAGAAGACCUAAUAUUGGAAGAUGUCCAGGUGUCUUGUUAUAGAAUUCUGACUAGCUUAUAUGCUUUGGGAACCAGCAAGAGUAUUUAUGUGGAGAGGCAACGUUCUGCAUUAGGAGAAUGUCUAGCUGCCUUUGCUGGUGCCUUUCCUGUGGCAUUUUUGGAAACUCAUCUGGACAAACAUAAUAUUUACUCCAUCUACAAUACAAAGUCUUCACGAGAAAGAGCAGCUCUCAGUUUGCCAACUAAUGUGGAAGAUGUUUGUCCAAACAUACCGUCUUUGGAGAAACUCAUGGAAGAAAUCGUGGAAUUAGCUGAGUCCGGCAUUCGCUACACUCAAAUGCCACAUGUCAUGGAAGUCAUACUGCCCAUGCUUUGCAGCUACAUGUCUCGUUGGUGGGAGCAUGGACCUGAGAACAAUCCAGAACGGGCCGAGAUGUGCUGCACAGCCCUGAACUCAGAGCACAUGAACACACUUCUAGGGAACAUAUUGAAAAUCAUAUAUAAUAACUUGGGGAUUGAUGAGGGAGCCUGGAUGAAGAGGCUAGCGGUGUUUUCCCAGCCUAUAAUAAAUAAAGUGAAACCUCAGCUCUUGAAAACUCAUUUCUUGCCAUUAAUGGAGAAACUCAAGAAAAAGGCAGCUAUGGUGGUGUCUGAGGAAGACCACCUGAAGGCCGAGGCCAGGGGCGACAUGUCAGAGGCUGAACUCCUCAUCCUAGAUGAGUUCACCACACUGGCCAGAGAUCUCUAUGCCUUCUACCCUCUCUUGAUUAGAUUUGUGGACUAUAACAGGGCAAAGUGGCUAAAGGAGCCUAACCCAGAAGCAGAGCAGCUCUUCCGCAUGGUGGCUGAAGUGUUUAUCUACUGGUCGAAGUCCCAUAAUUUCAAAAGAGAAGAGCAGAACUUCGUUGUGCAGAAUGAAAUCAACAAUAUGUCUUUCCUUAUUACUGAUACCAAGUCAAAGAUGUCAAAGGCAGCUGUUUCUGAUCAGGAAAGGAAGAAAAUGAAGCGCAAAGGAGAUCGGUAUUCCAUGCAGACCUCUCUGAUUGUAGCAGCUCUGAAGCGGUUACUGCCCAUUGGGUUGAACAUCUGUGCCCCUGGGGACCAGGAGCUCAUUGCCCUGGCCAAAAAUCGAUUUAGCCUGAAAGAUACUGAGGAUGAAGUACGAGAUAUAAUCCGCAGCAAUAUUCAUUUACAAGGCAAGUUGGAGGAUCCUGCUAUUAGAUGGCAAAUGGCUCUUUACAAAGACUUACCAAACAGAACUGAUGAUACCUCAGAUCCAGAGAAGACGGUAGAAAGAGUAUUGGAUAUAGCAAAUGUGCUUUUUCAUCUUGAACAGGUGGAGCAUCCUCAGAGAUCUAAAAAGGCUGUAUGGCAUAAACUACUCUCUAAGCAGAGGAAAAGGGCUGUUGUAGCCUGCUUCCGGAUGGCCCCCCUGUAUAAUCUGCCAAGGCAUCGGGCUGUCAAUCUCUUUCUUCAGGGAUAUGAAAAGUCUUGGAUUGAAACAGAAGAACAUUACUUUGAAGAUAAACUGAUAGAAGAUUUAGCAAAACCUGGGGCUGAACCUCCAGAAGAAGAUGAAGGCACUAAGAGAGUUGAUCCUCUACAUCAGCUGAUCCUUCUGUUUAGUCGGACAGCUUUAACAGAGAAAUGCAAACUGGAGGAAGAUUUUUUAUAUAUGGCCUAUGCAGAUAUUAUGGCAAAGAGUUGUCAUGAUGAGGAAGAUGACGAUGGUGAAGAGGAAGUGAAGAGUUUUGAAGUCACAGGAUCCCAACGCAGCAAGGAAAAAGAAAUGGAAAAGCAAAAGCUUCUAUACCAGCAAGCCCGACUCCACGAUCGUGGUGCGGCUGAGAUGGUGCUACAGACGAUCAGUGCCAGCAAAGGUGAAACUGGACCAAUGGUAGCAGCUACUUUGAAACUUGGAAUUGCUAUUUUAAAUGGUGGGAACUCCACAGUACAGCAGAAAAUGCUUGACUACCUCAAGGAGAAAAAGGAUGUGGGCUUCUUUCAGAGCCUGGCCGGCCUGAUGCAGUCAUGUAGUGUCCUUGACCUAAAUGCAUUUGAGCGACAAAACAAAGCUGAAGGUCUUGGGAUGGUGACAGAGGAAGGAUCAGCCUCUCACUUUGAAAGUCACAGACUGCGGACUGGAGAAAAGGUUCUGCAGGACGAUGAGUUCACCUGUGACCUCUUCCGAUUCCUGCAACUACUCUGUGAGGGACACAACUCAGAUUUUCAGAAUUAUCUGAGAACUCAGACUGGCAAUAAUACAACUGUCAACAUAAUUAUCUCCACUGUGGACUACCUCCUGAGAGUUCAGGAAUCAAUUAGUGACUUUUAUUGGUAUUACUCUGGGAAAGAUGUUAUUGAUGAACAAGGACAACGGAAUUUCUCCAAAGCUAUUCAAGUGGCAAAACAAGUCUUUAACACUCUUACAGAGUAUAUUCAGGGUCCUUGCACUGGGAAUCAACAGAGUUUGGCACACAGCAGGCUGUGGGAUGCUGUGGUCGGCUUUCUUCAUGUGUUUGCCCAUAUGCAGAUGAAGCUGUCGCAGGAUUCCAGUCAAAUUGAGCUAUUAAAAGAAUUAAUGGAUCUGCAGAAGGAUAUGGUGGUCAUGUUGCUGUCCAUGUUAGAAGGUAACGUUGUUAAUGGAACGAUUGGCAAACAGAUGGUGGACAUGCUUGUGGAAUCUUCCAACAAUGUGGAGAUGAUUCUCAAAUUUUUUGACAUGUUCUUAAAACUAAAAGAUUUGACGUCGUCUGAUACUUUUAAAGAAUAUGACCCCGAUGGCAAGGGAGUCAUUUCCAAGAGGGACUUCCACAAAGCGAUGGAGAGUCAUAAGCACUACACGCAGUCAGAAACGGAAUUUCUUUUGUCUUGUGCGGAGACGGAUGAGAAUGAAACCCUCGACUACGAAGAGUUCGUCAAACGCUUCCACGAACCUGCGAAGGACAUCGGCUUCAAUGUCGCCGUCCUUCUGACAAACCUCUCUGAGCACAUGCCCAACGAUACCCGACUUCAGACUUUUCUAGAAUUAGCAGAGAGCGUCCUGAAUUAUUUCCAGCCCUUUCUGGGCCGCAUCGAAAUCAUGGGAAGUGCCAAACGCAUCGAGAGAGUCUAUUUUGAAAUCAGUGAGUCCAGUCGAACCCAGUGGGAGAAGCCCCAGGUCAAGGAGUCCAAAAGACAGUUCAUAUUUGAUGUGGUCAACGAAGGAGGAGAAAAAGAGAAGAUGGAACUCUUUGUGAACUUCUGCGAGGACACCAUCUUCGAAAUGCAGCUGGCGGCUCAGAUCUCAGAGUCGGAUCUGAACGAGAGGUCAGCGAAUAAGGAAGAAAGUGAGAAGGAGAGGCCGGAAGAGCAGGGGCCGAGAAUGGCCUUCUUCUCCAUUCUCACGGUCAAGUCGGCCCUGUUUGCGCUCAGGUACAAUAUCUUGACCCUUAUGCGAAUGCUCAGUCUGAAGAGCCUGAAGAAGCAGAUGAAAAAAGUAAAAAAGAUGACCGUGAAGGACAUGGUCACGGCCUUCUUUUCAUCCUACUGGAGUAUUUUUAUGACCCUCUUGCACUUCGUGGCCAGCGUUUUCAGAGGAUUUUUCCGCAUCGUUUGCAGCCUGCUGCUUGGGGGAAGCCUGGUCGAAGGUGCUAAAAAGAUCAAAGUUGCAGAACUGUUAGCCAACAUGCCAGACCCCACUCAGGAUGAGGUGAGAGGAGAUGGGGAGGAGGGAGAGAGGAAACCCCUGGAAGCCGCCCUGCCCUCCGAGGAUCUGACCGACUUAAAGGAGCUGACAGAAGAAAGUGACCUUCUUUCGGACAUCUUUGGCCUGGAUCUGAAGAGAGAAGGAGGACAGUACAAACUAAUUCCUCAUAAUCCAAAUGCUGGGCUCAGUGACCUCAUGAGCAACCCAGUCCCCAUGCCUGAGGUGCAAGAAAAAUUUCAGGAACAGAAGGCAAAAGAAGAAGAAAAGGAAGAAAAAGAAGAAACCAAAUCUGAACCUGAAAAAGCCGAGGGAGAAGAUGGAGAAAAAGAAGAGAAAGCCAAGGAAGACAAGGGCAAACAAAAGUUGAGGCAGCUUCACACACACAGAUAUGGAGAACCAGAAGUGCCAGAGUCAGCAUUCUGGAAGAAAAUCAUAGCAUAUCAACAGAAACUUCUAAACUAUUUUGCUCGCAACUUUUACAACAUGAGAAUGUUAGCCUUAUUUGUCGCAUUUGCUAUCAAUUUCAUCUUGCUCUUUUAUAAGGUCUCCACUUCUUCUGUGGUUGAAGGAAAGGAGCUCCCCACUAGAAGUUCAAGUGAAAAUGCCAAAGUGACCAGCCUGGACAGCAGCUCCCAUAGAAUCAUCGCAGUUCACUAUGUACUAGAGGAGAGCAGCGGCUACAUGGAGCCCACGUUGCGUAUCUUAGCUAUUCUGCACACGGUCAUUUCUUUCUUCUGCAUCAUUGGAUACUACUGCUUGAAAGUCCCAUUGGUUAUUUUUAAGCGAGAAAAGGAAGUGGCACGGAAAUUGGAAUUUGAUGGGCUUUAUAUUACAGAACAGCCUUCAGAAGAUGAUAUUAAGGGCCAGUGGGAUAGACUCGUAAUCAACACACAGUCAUUUCCCAACAACUACUGGGACAAAUUUGUUAAAAGAAAGGUUAUGGAUAAGUAUGGAGAGUUCUACGGCCGAGACAGAAUCAGUGAAUUACUUGGCAUGGACAAGGCAGCUCUGGACUUCAGUGAUGCCAGAGAAAAGAAGAAGCCAAAGAAGGACAGCUCCCUAUCAGCCGUACUGAACUCCAUUGAUGUGAAGUAUCAGAUGUGGAAACUAGGAGUCGUUUUCACUGACAACUCCUUCCUCUACCUCGCCUGGUAUAUGACUAUGUCUGUUCUUGGACACUAUAACAACUUUUUUUUUGCCGCCCACCUUCUCGACAUUGCUAUGGGAUUCAAGACAUUAAGAACCAUCUUGUCCUCAGUAACUCACAAUGGCAAACAGCUCGUAUUAACCGUUGGCUUAUUAGCUGUUGUUGUAUACCUAUACACUGUGGUGGCAUUCAAUUUUUUCCGAAAAUUCUACAAUAAAAGUGAAGAUGGUGAUACACCAGACAUGAAAUGUGAUGAUAUGCUAACAUGCUAUAUGUUCCACAUGUAUGUUGGAGUGCGUGCUGGAGGAGGGAUUGGGGAUGAAAUCGAAGACCCAGCAGGAGAUGAAUAUGAGAUCUAUCGAAUCAUCUUUGACAUCACUUUCUUCUUCUUUGUUAUUGUCAUUCUCUUGGCCAUAAUACAAGGUCUGAUUAUCGAUGCUUUUGGAGAACUAAGAGACCAACAGGAACAAGUCAAAGAAGAUAUGGAAACCAAAUGCUUCAUCUGUGGGAUAGGCAAUGAUUACUUCGACACAGUGCCACAUGGCUUUGAAACCCACACUUUACAGGAGCACAACUUGGCUAAUUACUUGUUUUUUCUGAUGUAUCUUAUAAACAAAGAUGAAACAGAACACACAGGACAGGAAUCUUAUGUCUGGAAGAUGUAUCAAGAAAGGUGUUGGGAAUUUUUCCCAGCAGGGGAUUGCUUCCGGAAACAGUAUGAAGACCAGCUAAAUUAAACUCAGACCCCAGUCACCUCUAAAAACCAAAACCCCACCCCCUCUCUGUCCCUCUGUCAAUUUCUCUGCUCUCUUGGAAACAUUUUGCUGAUUUUGUGAAUUGCCAGUGUUGUAUGUUUUCUGGGAGCAUCGAAGCUGUGUUUCCGAAGACCUGUUUCCUCCCCUCACCUUUCGUAUUUACUUUGAGACUAAAGACUGAAGAAUAAUCUAAAUUCAUACUCAGACAAAAAAAAGGAAUUCUGGAAAGAAAACCAUUCUGGACACUGUCAUAACACACACAGACAGAUUUUUCUUCUGAGACUCCUGGAGUCUUCUCGAGCUACGAGACCUUCACAGAGACGCGUGGCAGCCACACUCACCCAGCCUCUUUAUUUCACCAUCCUGGAAGGAAACUGUCUAAUGGUCACAGAGCACUGUAGCACUUAACAGAUUGCCAUGGACACCAGUUGCGAAGGGAAAUAGUGCCUUACUAUAUGUGGGUUGAGCUAUGCAGAAGAUACGUGCAUGAAAAAACAUCUUUAUUUUCUUUAUGUCGACCUUUCUUAGAUUGAUUUUGUGAGGUUUUUUUUUUUUUCCUUUAGUCUUUUCUUUGGUGGGGGAGGGUAAGAAAAGCAGUUUGCACUUAAAAAGAAAAAAAAAAACGGGUGGUGUGUCUCAGGACAAAAGGAGGCUCUUCUCAUUCAGCUAAAUUCACAUUUGCCCCCCCCCGCCAUAUGCUCCUGCUAUUAUUUUGGUAAUGCUCUGAUGCAACAUUGCAACUUUAUGAAAUCUUUGUAUGAAAACAAAAAGACUGCAAAAAAUACACUUUCAAAAGAAACCAUUCAUUGCAUGUUUAUUAUGCAAGUUUAAAUGAACAAAAAGAAAACCUUCAGAAACAAGUUGAACAACGUGAGAGAAAUUUCAUGAUAAUUAUUCAUAGUAAUAAAGUGUCGUGGGCUUAAUUGUAUAUCUGGAGCCAGUGUCAUCCACCAACAAUGUGAUACAUUAUGAACUUGACAGUAGUUUUGGGUUUUGCUCUUUCUUUCAGCCACCUGUGAUCAGUGUUGUUGAUUAAGGACUUCUUGUCAGGCCAUUUUUUAAUAUCAAAGCUGAAGCAAUAUCCAUUCAGGGAUUUCAUCAGUUGCAUCACAAAACACGGAUGAUGAUACACAUCACUCCAUUUUUUCCAUUUUGAAUCCUUUUAAAUGUAAUGCUAACCUUUACAGUUAAAAAGUCAGAUUCAGAAUGGAAACAAGGUCAUUUUGCAAACAAACAUUGGAGCUCUUUUAUUACAAGUCUGCUUGUUAAUUUUAGAAUUGUAAAACCGCUCUGAUUAAACUAUUUAACUAAC